GGAUAAAAGAGGACGGUGGGAGCCUGGCUGGUUUGGCUGCUGCAGAGGCUGCUGCAGGCAACGGAAACGGGAGAUCCCUUGCUGUGUAGACAGCUAUCCCGUAUCAGUCCUCCUUCCGCAGUAAGAAGGGGAGGGAGGUUGCUCAGGGAGCCGGUGGUGCUUCUUCUUCUUUUGCUGCUGCUGCUGCUGCCAGGCUCAGUGUUCUGCAGUCUUGGAUUGGAGAAGGUGGAGCAAAAGGGGGCAGGAGGAGAAGAGGAGCCUUCACUGCAGCAAAAGAGACCCAGGGAAGGCUGCAAGGCUCCACUCCAGAGCAUUUCUGUUGCUCUUGGGUCUUCAUGAAGCAUCUUCCUUGAAACUUUCCCUGAGCAAUGCCCUGGAACGUCAAAUGGCUGAAUGGCUAUAGCAGCCACAGCUCCCAGUCCCAGAAGCAAUGCAAGAAGUCUUCCUUCGCCUUCUACCAAGCUGUGAGGGACCAGCUGCCUGUGUGGUUUCUGGAGGACAUGAGGCGCAUGGAAGCUUUCCACUGGCAAGAAGGGGGCAAGGUCAGCACCUACUCCCCAUCGGAGGCCCUUCUCUAUGCCCUAGUGCACAACCACCAGCCUUAUGCCCAUUACCUCCUCAGCACAUUUCCUAAGAACGCCUUGGCCAUACCCAGCUUGCAUUUCAGCUGUUGCCACUCAUCGGCCCCUCACUUGGCCAUGGCUGUCCGGUACAACCGUGUCCACAUCCUUUUAGAGAUUCUGAAGACCAUCAGAGACUUUCCAUUAAGUGACCGAGCCGCCUACUUAGACCGCAGAGGCUGCAGCCGCGUGGAAGGGGGCAAGACCUCUCUCCACAUGGCCUGCGAAUUGGCAAGGCCCGAAUGUUUGCUUUUGCUGCUGGGCCAUGGGGCCUCACCCUGUCUACGUGACUGUGUUGGGAACACCCCUUUGGACCUCUUGCUUCAAGAGAUCUGGGAAAACCCAACGUCUAAUCUACGCACCAAGCUUCUCCUCCUGGACUCUCUGCUCCUUUUUAUGCCACAGGGCUUCCAUUUUUCAAGGAAGCAGCAAUUGCUGGCUGACCAGCAGCAAUGGCAAGAACUUCUGGGAAAGCACCGGUUCCAGUGGUUGGCAGGCUUAGCCCCUUCUUCCCUCUUUGUUCAAGCCAUGCAAGUGUUAAUCGGGACCAUUUCGCCAGAUCAGUUCCCAGAAGCACUGGAGAACCUGCCUUUGCCACACUUUCUGAAGCCUUUAGACCUCAAAUUGAAGAGUUGAGAAUAUCACACUAGAGACCUCAUCCCUUCUCCCCACUCUGCCGUUCCUUCUUGUGUAAUGAAAAUAAGGAUUUUUGGCUGUAGCUUGUAUACAUCUGUGUGGAAAAGGGGGGAAGCCUGUGUUUUAAUUAGAACCUUGUUUUUAAAAGAA